UAUCACUCUCUGACAUACAUACUUACAUAUAUAUAGAGAGAGAAAAAACGAUUAGAAACAGAAAUGAAUGUUGUUGAAGGAGAGAGAUCAUCAAUAGUAGACAAAUGGACACCGGCUAUGGCAGUUGUGGUAGCAAACAUAGCGACGGGUUCAGUGAAUGCAGUUGUGAAGAAGGCUCUUGAUGGUGGUGUUAACCAUAUGGUCAUUGGUGCUUAUCGUCUGGCUAUUUCUGCCUUCAUUUUGGCUCCUCUCGCUUAUUUCUUGGAAAGGAAAAUAAGACCGAAGAUAACGUUCAGGCUAUUGAUCGAUCAUUUCAUCAGCGGUUUGAUUGGAGGGAGUUUGGCACAAUUUUUCUUUAUGCUUGGUUUGGCGUACACGUCAGCAAAUGUUGCGGGUGCUUUUACGAGCAUGAUGCCUGCGAUUACCUUUGCUUUGUCCCUUAUUUUAAGGAUGGAAAGCGUAAGAGUUCUAAAGAGCAAAUCAGGAAUGCUAAAAGUGAUAGGAACAUUGAUAUGCGUCAGUGGAGCGAUGUUGUUAACAUUUUACAAAGGUCCUCAAAUAACACACUUUCACUCUCACCCAGAGGCUCUUCACAACAACAAUAACAACCAUCAAAGCAAGACGAAUAAUUGGCUUCUUGGAUGUCUCUUUUCUGCUAUAGGAGUCACAUUUUUUUGUAUAUGGAUGCUUUUCCAAGAGACUUUAAACAUGAAGUACCCUUGCAAAUACACGAGCAUUUGUCUCAUGUCCGUUUUCGGCUCAGUCCAAUGUGCUCUCUUAAGUCUCUACAAAAGGAGAACUGUCAAUGAUUGGGUCAUUGAUGAUAGAUUCGUACUUUUCGUCAUUGCAUACGCUGGAAUAGUGGGGCAAGCGAUGACGACAGUAGCAACAGCAUGGUCGAUAAAGAAACUGGGAGCCGUUUUCGCAUCAACAUUUAGUCCCAUUAUGCUCAUCUCAGCUACUCUAUUCGAUUUCAUCAUCUCACACACUCCUUUGUACCUCGGCAGGUAA